UGGGAUGGCCAGGAGGGGUGCAUCCAUGGAUCCGAGGGCUAGAAGCGGAGGGAUGGAGGGAAAGAGGCAAGUGACGAGCAGCCAGAUGGCGGAUCUCUGAGCGAGGCAAGAGCCUCAAUUAAGGGGCGGGCAGUCCGGCGACACGCUAGCAACGCUCACGCAGGCCCCAGGCAGCUCGUUCCUGGGUAUGGUUGCAGCGGGGUAUGCACUGUGUGGUGGGCUAAAAUGGAAGACACAAUGGGUGACUGAGGUCGGGGUGGGCAGUAGGCAUGGGGGUGGCACACGGGAGACGGGAGACGGGAGAUGGGAGACGAAAGGAGCGAAGCUGGCCCUGGAUCAGCAACAACCCGGCCUCCCUUCCCUCCAACUAACAGCUCUUUCACGGCGGGAUGAGACGAGUCGCAGGCAGGAAGCAGCAAGCAGCAGGUCAGAGAUAGCAGGCGAAGGCGCUGGCAGCGUGACUGGCAGGGUUUUAACUCGAAGCACUGGAUGGAACGCCGCGUCCAUUAAGUGGCAAUCAAAUGAAUAUUACCACCAAUGCAUACCGAUUACACGACGUCGGCUCGCCCAGAAGUUGCGAUCCACGGGUUAUGAGUGCUAUUAUAGAACAUCGCUUGGCCGUCUACGGCCAAGCGUGGCCAGACGCGGAGGCAAGCGAGCGCUGCCAUGCUCCGUUCUCGAUUUGAACGGGGGGAGGGAUCAGGAACUAGCCCGUCGAUCAUGCCCCUCCCGUCUUCCAUUCUCCAUUCAUCAUUCUCCGCAACCUUCUUGCCCCAUUGGGUUCUUGGGGUGUUCAACUUCAGCCGGCUCGGCCAAUCAGCGGCGAUUGCUUGCUGCGUUGCAGCACUACCGAGACAGAAGUUCAGAAGCUGUCGUCUGGGCCAAAGUCGAGUGCAAGAGCCGAAUGGAUCGCUCCAGACGGGGAUCAUGGCUUCUGGCUGGGGAUGCAAUAAGGGAGAUAGGUGGAAAGAUGGAGAGAGAGAGAUGGGUGGCCAAGGCCAGUUCGGCUUGUGCAAAUCCGCCGAAUGAGACGCCGUCCCGGGGCCUGAAGCUCUUCUCAGCACUGGAGCCAUGUUCCGUGUUGCGGUCCAAUCGCCGCCCCGGACGGAUAGUGCUCAUUAAUUUAUCCGCAUUCAUCCGCACUCAAGCCCAGAGCAGAGACGCGAAUUAAUAAGUAGGGUGGCCAGCGCUGCGAGAACGUGGUCUGGAUGUGCUGUGGAUACACGCCCGUGUUUGCGCUCGCCCAGCCUCCAGUGGGAAUCCCUGACAAAAUUUAUUCCUGGAGGCCCAGGCCUGUGCUUUUUCCCCAUAGCUCAACGCAACACGAGGGGCGAUGCGGAACGGGAGGGAAUGCACGUCUCGAUUCUUCUGGUUUGGUACCACGCCGACGGCGCUGUGCCAGUAGUCGGUUCCGAGCCGAGUCGGGAUGGAGGAAAACUUGUCCUGUUCUAUUAAUACUGCAUGAAAAACCGGGAAGGCUGGGCCUCGAUAUAUUGUUGCGCUGCCUAUAUGACGACAGAGGGGGGCGUUU